CAUCAUCAACCAUCUCAGUUUUCCUUCCUCCAGCUCCCAGUUUUGUGUGUGUUCCAGAGAGUGAGGUACAGUGUUGUCAUCUCUCAUGGAGGAGACCCAGUCCUAGAGCUGUCCAGAGAGUUCAACUACAGCAGUGGCUACACUAGUGAGUGUAUUGAGGAGAAGGUCAGUGGAGAGCUGGAGGAGGGAACUGAGUACAGUCUCCUGGUCUUUGUGGAUGAUGGAGACUCUGGGAACUCUUCUUCUUCCAACAUUCAAACCUUCACAUUCUGCAGAGGAAACAACGGAGGGAGUGAUGGCGAUCAUAGGAAAAGUGAUGAGAGUUGUCUUUUAGGAAUAACUGCAGGUAUUGCAGUUGUCCUCUCUCUACUGGUGGUCCUGCCAGUAGGUGUUGUCCUGGGCUGCUGUGGAAUGUGGUGUCUAAUGAGGGAGAGAGAAAGACGACAUCACUUCAGUGACAAGGGAAGUGAGAGCAGACAGGAAUCACACUAUGAUGAGCCUGUUCCUACUCAGUCUGCUAUCACUGUGACUCAUAACUAGGCAUAUGCCUCUGGCAAUCAAAGACUAUAGCUAGUUUUAGUUUUUUGUGUGUUUCAAUUCUUUGGUGCUAGCUACAGAUUAUGCUCUCUGUCAGCCCAACCCCUCGGCGCUGGCGCGGUCGCAAUUGUCCAAAGAACGUUUCAAAGCAUCAGAAAUGAAGAUAGACAUACUCCUAACAGUGUGUGCAGCACCGGUCUCAGUCACCAGUGACACCUUCACCAAUACUUUCACUCUGAGUGAGAGUCAGAGAUCUCAGUUGUAGCUAACUGGAGAAUUUUGCUCUGACCUGGUUCUCCAACAAACAGUGAAGGAAGUAGUUCUCUAGGAUCUGCAGUAAUCCCUGCUGGAAGGUUUCUUAGUUAUAGCAAUGCAAUCUAAACGCUGAUUGACUGCACCAACCGCGGGUAAUUGUACCGAUCCCUCCGCGAGCGCGUUUGUGAUUCGCAUGCCAUUCAUACGUAUCGAGCAUGCGUAUAUAGUCACUGAGCUCAGUGUGGCUUCAUUCGUCGUUGUCCCGUG